AUGUCGCGCCACGCCCAGAUCGAAGAAGUCUCCGACUCCGACCCCGAAGACAUGGACAUCUCCCUCUUCGACCCCCGCAACAAGCCCACCCUCCCCACCACCGCCCCGCCCUACACCCCCACCCCCUCCACCUCCGGCCAACCCCCCUCCUUCAACCCCGCCUUCCUCCCCACCUCCUCCGACCCCUCCACGCACUACGUCUCCGCCGGCUCCGCCACGCUCUACAAAUCCUACCACUGCCUCUACCCCGUCUACUUCGACAGCACCCGCAGCCGAUCGAGCGGGCGCCGCGCCCCGCGCGCCCUCUCAAUCCCCAACCCGCUCGCCCGCGCCCUCGUCGACGCGUGCGCCUCUCUGCGCCUCAAGACCGUGUUCGAGCCCGGCAAGACACACCCCAAGGACUGGGCCAACCCGGGGCGUGUGCGCGUGCUGCUGCCGCGCGAGGGGAACGGCGCGACGGGCGACGUGAGCAGUAAGUUUGUGCUGUACCAGAAGGUGGGGGAGUGGCUGGUGGCGCAUCCGACGGCGCCCGAGGACGUGCUGAAGGUGCGUAUUCCGGGGAUGCCGUUUGAUGGGAAGGUGCCGAGUGCGCCGGAGGCGCCGAGGGGGUGGAAGAUGGGGAGUGUGUUGCCGCUGCAUAGUGCGGCGUUGAGUGGGGGUGGGGUCAGCGAUGAUGUGUUUGGGGAGAUGAUGAGGGAUAUGGGCUUGCCGGGGGUGGCGGGGCCGGGGGCCGAGGGGGGUGAGGUGGUGAAGAAGGAGAAGAAGGAGAAGAAGAAGAAGAGGUAG